GUUUGAUGAUGAGAACGAUCAUCCGUUUCUGCACUCGACUUUUAGGUUUUGCCUUAGCGUGCACCGACAUCAGCGAUAUUCUAUGUCAGGAACCUUUCACUUAACCGGAGAAUCGGGAGCCGUGGAUUUCGGUAUUCGGUUGGCAGUGCAUUCAUGUUGUCAAAUGCUAUCCUCUUCGGGCUGGGUGGAACAUUGUAACUUCUGUCCCUCAGUACUAGUCAGCAUGCUCGGAUUUGGUUUGUCUAACGGAAACAUUAGUGCCGCGCACCCAGGAUAAUCGGGAUGUAAAAGGCUUUGAAGUCGGACAGUCGCGACUCUGUAUCUCCGUGUCGUAGCCGGACCUUCAGUUCGCCUUGUCAGCUUCUGUUUCAACCAAACGGGCUUCACGUAUCUACCAUGCAACAUAUCGAUGAGGCGCGCCCACUGAAAGUGAUAGUCGUGGGUGCUGGACUUGGUGGGCUUACCGCCGCCAUUGCACUUCGUAGGCAAGGGCAUCGCGUCCAUAUACUUGAAUCUUCGAACUUCAAAAGCGAACUUGGUGCAGGUCUGGCAGUACCACCCAAUACUGUACGCUCUCUUCAAGGUCUAGGUUGUAAUAUCGACAAUCUCAAACCUGUGGAUAAUCUUUGUUUCAGUGCCAUGGCGCAUGACGGAAGUCCUGGCAUGAUGAACAACAUGACGGACUAUCGCAAGGCGUACGGCGAUCCUUGGGUAAUGGCGCAUCGUGUUGACCUUCAUAACGAACUCAUGCGAGUUGCCCUCGACCCUGAGGGAACGGGACCUCCUGCCCAGCUUCGUUUGGGCAACCAGGUGACGUCUUGCGAUGUGGAUGCUUGUACCAUUUCUCUUGUCGAUGGAACGAUCUGUUCCGCCGAUCUCAUCGUUGGUGCUGAUGGUAUUAGGUCCACCAUACGCUCCUAUGUCUUGGGCAAAGAAAUAGACAUACCUCCUACCGGUAUCGCUGGAUACCGCUGGCUCAUCCCGGCAGAAGCUCUGGACCCUUAUCCCGAACUCGAUUGGAUAGUCAAGAAUUCGCCCUUGGGAGCACGUUUAAUCACAGCUCCCGUCCGCCGAAACGACGACAAUGAACAGACCGGUGCUACUUCUGAUAAGAAUGACGUUGACAAACGUACGAUCAUCAUCUAUGCGUGCCGCAAUGGCACUAUGAUUAACGUUCUUGGUGUGCAUGAUGACCCACGAAACCAGAAUGAAAUCGGAUGGAACGUACCAGUUACCCAAGAAAAAUUGCUUGAAUUUUUCAAAGACUACCAUCCACGAUUCAAGCGCUUGCUUGAGCUAGCCGACAAUAUCCAUUUGUGGCAAAUGCGUGUGGUCCCGCGGCUGGAGACGUGGAUUAAUAAACGGGUGUGUUUGUUGGGCGAUUCUGCGCAUGCAUCACUACCAACACUCGGACAAGGCUUCGGGAUGGGUCUUGAAGACGCUGUAGCUCUUGCAACCCUCCUUCCCUUAGGAACCAGAGUGUCUGACGUCGAGAAGCACCUUGUCGCCUACGAAAGUUUGCGUAAAGAGCGCGCUGAGUAUGUAGCCAUGGAAUCUUUCGAACAGCAGGAUAUCGCGACAAAACGAGGCUUGUAUCUCAGGUCUCCUACAAUGCGCGAUAAAAUUAUGGGUUAUGAUAUCAAAGCCGAAGCUGAGAAGGUUUUAAUGGAAAUGACCUCGACAGCUCGGUAGGUAACUUGUAGCUAAUAUCGGCUAUAUAUGAAUACACUUUCGCCACGAUAUGUCUCCAUUGCAUCCAUCUUGCUUAAGCCAUGAGACAUACAACUGAAAUUUCAGCGGUCAU